UACAUGACUUGGCCCUCCAUUGAUUCCCUUUCCCUGUGAGCUAACCAUGUAUAUAAGCAUCCCUUGUGUCUAACACAUUCGCUCACCACCACCAUUUUCUUGAUUUUCCUCAUCUUCUUGGCUCAGUUCAUCACCUUCUUCAGUCUUUCUACUUCAAAGAGAGAAUGAGCAGGCCAGGAGACUGGAACUGCAGGUCAUGCCAGCACCUGAACUUCCAGAGACGUGAGUCGUGCCAGCGCUGUGGGGACUCGAGGGCUGGAGGUGAUUUUGGAGGCUAUGGUGGGAGAUCAGGUGGGUCAUCAUUUGGUUUCACUGGCUCAGAUGUUCGUCCCGGUGAUUGGUACUGCACUGCCGGUAACUGUGGGGCUCACAACUUUGCAAGCCGCUCAAGUUGCUUCAAAUGUGGAGUGUACAAAGAUGAUUCUACUGGUGGCUUUGAUUCUGACAUUCCUCGCUCUAGAGGCUUUGGCAGUGGCAGCAAUCGCUCUGGUUGGAAAUCUGGGGAUUGGAUCUGCACCAGGUGGGGUUGCAAUGAACACAACUUUGCAAGCAGAAUGGAAUGUUUCAAAUGCAAUGCCCCUAGAGAACUUAGCAACAGACCUUCGUACUAGACAUGUGUGUUGCAGCAACCAAGACAAGACAAAUUAAAGAAUAUUACUACUAUUUUUUUUUUUUGGUUUAUUAUUUCUUUUGGGUGUUAGGGUUCUUGAGAUGUAAACAUGGUUUGAAACCCAUGUUGAUCUCUUUAAGCUAUAUAUGAUGACCCCUCCCCUUCUUUGGCAUUUUGUGAGGCUUCCCUUAAGAAGCUUGUUGUGCUUUUGAUCGACUAUAUCCUUUUGUAGCCAUAUGGGGAUGAAAUCUAUUACCCAAUAUUUUCCCUUUUGUUUUCUAGAGAUUGCAUGUUUCUCAAAAGAAGAUGAUUCUCCUCUUCUUUUCAUUGUUUGAAAUGGUUGUUAUAUAAACAUCUUCUCUCCCUCUUUCUCA